GCGCAUUUCAUAUUUCAUUCCUAGAUUGUUUCCUUUAUGUAAUACAAACCACAGCACACGCUCCUGGUUUCCCUGAAUGUAUAAAAAUACACAAUGUCCUGAGAGCUGCUUGCUGACACAUAAACCAGAGGCUGAUUACAACUUCCUCUUGGCAGAGACGCCAGCUGAUUUUUUUAGGAUCAACCAUUUCCCACUAGUGACACUCAGUGGAUUAAACAGGAACAGUCUAGUCACUAUUUUUUUCUCCCAUAUUUUGAUUUCAUGGAUGGAUUCCUUAAUUGAGUAUAUUAAUGAUUUUUUUUAAAACAUUACUAUUACUAAUGUACUUACUAUGACUAAAGCUUUAAUCUCUGCAUGUGUGGAAGUUAUGGUAAUAGCCUGUGGCAACUGAUGUUAAAUGCCACUCAGCCUUUAUGAAUGAUUCUAUUUUACGCCUUUGACUUACUGUACUGCUGCUGCGCACACGAGGAGAAAAAAAGGUAUUUUGGUCUGAUUUGACAUUUCAAGUCCUCUGCAACCAAAUGACAAAUUGUUUACGAUUUCCUCAACGUGCUGUGUUGCACUUUUCCUAGUAAUUUCCAGUUAUCGCGGCUUUCCUGGAAGGAGGCUGUAUCACGGGAAGGCAGCCAGGAAAGGAGAAAAAAAGGCUCUUUCUCCGUUUUUCUCUCCACUCUGGAUCAUGGACAGCGGCAGCGAAUCCGGGUUCCUGUGUAGUGGGUAAACACACAUCAGUGGCUUGGCGAAGGUCACUCCUUUGGCCUCCAGUGGUGCUCAUGCUACGGAUUGAGGAGACUGACAGAUGGGGGUGCACAGUUUAGCUUGAACCUUUAUUUCUAUAUAAAUCACAGUGAAGAUAUUCACUUUUUCCACGUGUCUCUCACCUCAUCGUUGUGUCUGCUGCCCAUCGCGCCUCAUUUUUACAAACAUCCAGUUAGUCGCUGCCAUGAAGCGCACCCUCCGGGGAUCAAUAACCUGCACAGACUGCGGCAUAUUUGCCCUCUGGACACGCGGACUGGGUGCCAGCGCACAGCACCACUUCACACACUGGCCGAGUGUGUCUGCUCCUCUUUACGCCGCUGACGCCUCAGAGCAGCCUGUGGACCUCCUAAGGGCCGCUGGAUGAACGCGCCGAAAGAUGUCUGUGCUUUGCAAAGUGAUGGCGAGUGUACUGGUGCUCACGCUGAGCCUCGCUGCGCUGGGGUGGGGAGACGGGGACCAGGGGAACGGACGGAGUGAGAAAGAGGUGUCGGGCCAGUCCACCGUCUACCUGGGCCAGGACAGAGACACGUGGAGGCCGCUGAUGCACACCACAGUCAAACUCAGCGACAUCAAGGGCAUCAAGUCGUCUUUUCAGAUGCGCACGUUCGACCCCGAGGGCGUGAUCUUCUAUGGGGACACCAAAAGCGGGGAGGACUGGUUCGUUCUGUCCCUGAAGGGCGGCGCGCCCCUGAUGCAGAUCAGGAAGCUGAACGUGGUGGUGAGCGCGGCGGGCGGGCCCAAGCUCAACGAUGGGAAGUGGCACACGCUGGAGGUGAGCAACCAGGGGAAGUUUGUGAUUCUUGAGGUGGACGGCUCUGAUGGGCUGGUGGUGGGCAUGCAUUCGGACGUGACAGAGGAUGACCUCUCAGGGGACCUCCGCCUGGCCCUUGGUGGGAUCCUCAUCAGCAAAGAGAAGCUGCUCGUUCCGUUGGGGCCACAGAUGGAUGCUUGCGUACGGAAAGGCAACUGGCUGAACCUCAGCAUCCCCUGGAAGAGCGAGGUGCCGGACCUCUGGCCCUGCUAUCAGAACAUUCAACCCGGCAGCUACUUCCCCGGCAAUGGAUUUGCUAUUUACAACACCUCAGUUUUCCACGUUGAGGAAGGUCAUAGUGUCAAGAUUGAAUUAUGGGGAGAUUUCGAUCAGAUGGACGGAACCAUUUUAAGCAUCAAGGCUCCUGGACAGAAGCCAGCACUCGUUCUAGUGGCCAAUAAUAAAACACAGGAGCUCACAGUCACAGACAAUGAAAAAUUGGUGGUUAUGAAGGACAGUUUAAAGAGACUGGAGAUAAUGUUGAAGGCAGACUCACCUCAAGAUGAAGACAAAGAAAAGGAAUCUGCAUUUGUAAUGAGCGGAGGGACUCUCUCAGUCCAGCUUGGCCAUUCUUCAGCAUGGAAAGAUGGACGUCUAGCCAUCGGAGGCCUUCUAGGUGAAAACACAGGUGAAAGUAAAGGCAACGCUGGCUCCCAGUUUUUGACAGGCUGCCUGGAGAAGAUCCAGGUCCAAGGGCGGGAUCUGGAUCUGGAUUUAGCUGUGAAACACAAGUCAGUGUCGCCCCACAGCUGCCCUGCGUAGAGCAUGGAUGUGUGUAUACGGUGCAUUGGGAGUUGCUUACAGGUUUAUUCCAUUGCCAAAGAGUUCAGAUGACAUAAAAGUCACUGUGUCAAAUUCUGCUUUGUCUGUGAACGUAAGGAGGCACCGUAGGAGAAAUGUGUUGGAUUUUCUAUUAACCCCGUUUUAACAGAAUCAGAUCUAUUGGAGAAAUGUAUUCUGAGAUCAUUGUUCCUGCAAUUGGAUAAAAUAUACUUCUACUUUCACGCUU